AUGUCUGUACUCAUACUGUUCGUGCCUAUCACAGAGUUGCAAGCUGUGGCUGUCAAAGGCCGACUCAUGUGUGGGGACAAACCACUGAGUGGAGCCAUUCUAAAGAUUGUUGAUCAAGAUCACGAUGGAGAUAAGGACGACCUAUUGGAUGAAGCAAGGACGGGCGAUGACGGUGAAUUUUACCUGAAAGGCGGGACGUAUGAAGAGACACGAAUAGAACCAGCACUCAAAAUUUAUCACGAUUGUGGUCACAAGUUUAAGCGGCGUGUAUACUGGAUGCUUCCGGCUAAAUACAUCAACAAUGGAACGAUUACCGAAUGGAUGGAUAUUGGAUCGAUAAAUAUGGAAAUUAAUUUUGGUAAUGAAGAACGUGAUUGCCGGCAUAAAAGGCAUCGACCUCAUAGGCACUGA